UUAUCCCUACUUUUCUAAACACUGAAAUGACUGAGACAGUAACACUGAUUGUUCAAAUUCUGUCUGCCAGCAUUCAUCUUCCUGGCUGUAAAAUUCAUCCUGAUACAGCACUUAACACCUAGAAAGUAUGCACUGUGCCUUUAAAUAAAGACAGUCCCACUAGUAAUAGUUCUUUUUCUGGUAAAUGAAAGUGAAAUUGUGAAGCAGACUUUGCUUACCAUGGAAUUUACCAAACAAGCUGAAGUUGUUCUGGAGGAAUGAAUCUAUCCGUUGUGUCUUGAAGAGUUAAAUGUUCCAGUGGUGCUAGAGUGUGGACAUAACUUCUGCAGGACAUGUAUUGACAAAGUCUGGGACAGAGAGAAAAAAAACUUUCUGUUUUGUGUGCAGAGAGGAGAAUCCAUCCAGAAUGUACAAUCUGGACCGACUACUAUCAACUGUUUUUCAAACAUUGCAUGAACCGAGGCAGAAAGAAGACAGACUGGACCAUAAACAAAAAGACAGUGAUCAUCUCUGUAAGAAACAUGUUAAAGGGCUGGAGUUGUUCUGUGAAAGUGAUGAAACUUUGGUUUGUUCAUUGUGUGUUCCUGACCAUCGUGGCCACAACUUCCUGAAUAUACAGCAAGCAGUCAGUAUCUAUAAGAAAAAACUGAACACUGCUACAGAUGCUCUAGAAUUAAAACUGAAAUACAUUACAGAGCUCCAGCUUAAGCAGGCAGAGAAGAUCGAUUAUAUACAGGACAAAACCCAGAGUCUGGAACAAAACAUUACAACAGAGUUUGCCAGACUUUAUCAGUUUCUCCAUGACAAGGAGAAGCAGCUGAUCCAACAGCUCAAGGAAGAAGCAAAUGGAAUUCUAGAAAAAAUGAAGAAAAGCCUUAAUGAAAUUCAAAAAAUGGCAGAAGCUAUUAAAAGGCAAAUGUCAGACAUCAAUUCAACAUUGCAGCAGGAAGAUCCUCUGCUUUUUCUCUCAAGUCUCACGAAUGAAACAGAAAGGAACAAAGAUAGUCAGGAAGUGAAAACUGAUGCUGUAGCACUAGUUUCUGAUGAUCUGACUCUCUGGGUGUACAAAUGUCCUCUACAAUACAAAGUUUGGAAGGAAAUGCUAUCUACCCUCAACCCUGGCUUGUCUCACAUAAGUCUAGACCCUAACACAGCCCAUCCCACGCUUAUUCUGUCUAAGAACCUGACCAGCAUAAGAAGUGGUGAUCAGAGGAAGGAGCUCCCUGACAAUCCUGAGAGAUUUGAUCUAGAAAGAUGUGUUCUGGGAUCAGAGGGAUUCACAUCAGGACGGCACUACUGGGAAGUCGAGGUAGAGAACACAACUGACUGGGAUAUAGGUGUUGCCAGAGAGUCGAUCGUUAGGAAGGGAAGCAUCCUCAUAACACGAAAGACUGGAUACUGGGCUGUACGGCUGUGGGAUGAGAAUCAGUAUUAUGCACUGGAAACACCAUGGAAGCACCUCAGUCUGAGUGUGAAACCCCAAAGGAUUGGUGUGUACCUCGACUAUGAGGGGGGGCAAGUGUCAUUUUAUAAUGCUGAUAAUAUGUCCCACAUCUAUACCUUCUUUGAGACCUUCACUGAGAGAAUCUACCCUUACUUCUGCCCUGGGUUUAAUAAUGUGCCCCUAGAGCUUUUUCAUCUGAAACCCCAGUGUGAACCUGAAUGGACAGUAGAUUACUGUGAUAGAAACUGCUGCAUUUUAAAAUGUCUAUAUUAUAAACAUCACAUACGAUAUACAGAUUAAAAAUAACAUUUUAUUACAGGUUACAUUUAACAAUGACAUACAUGUACCAGAAAUUCCCCAAACAACAGUUUGCAUGUGUAAAUAUUUAAUCUCUGAUAUAAAGAGGGUUUUUGCUAAAUGCCUAUUGCAACUGUUAUAUCACUUGAGGUUAAAUCAUUUUUCAGUGAGAAAUAA